AUAUUGAAUCGUUCGUGAUUGGCUUGAGCAUGGUUGCCCCUAGCACCGCCGAUGUGCUCGUAGUAGUAGGCUCCUGGCGCAGCCUUCUGGGCGAGCUCGGUGAUCGCGAAGGGCUCUCUGGAAUCAUGGGAGUGGUGUGCGUAUCUGUGGGCUGCCUGAAUGCAUUAUCGAGGUUGGCGGUUGAUUCUACAUUGAGUGGAUCUGUGCCCCAAAAGGGCGUAAUGAUUUGAUCAAGCUGCAGAAGAAUCAGGGCGACCGGCGGGAACAGGCGGGGUUUGGGGAAGUAAAGGAGGUGCGGAAGGGUUUGGGUGGGAGGGGAGGAGUGGUGAGUAGGUUUAACUACCGCACACCACGCUGAGGAGACGCACGAGACGCAAGAGGCGCGUCAGACGCAUCGGACGCGCGAGACGCAUGAGCAUGGCGUCGACGUCCCAGCGACGGCGAUCCGUGCAGCUCGUGCGCCACACCACGUCCCUGCUCGUCUCCCGAACCCGCGCGGAUCCGGCCAAUCAGCUGCGUCCAUGUGGCAGCUUCCUACUGGCAAGAGAGCCGUCACCUUCACCAUGGUUUCUCACCGCGGCGAUCUCGAGGGUCUUCCUAACGCCGAGGCUUCGCCAACUGCAUUCCGCCAACUGGCCCUCAUCCCACUCAACCUCGGCAAUCCCGAGAAACGCCCAUGCCACGUGGCAGUGUCCGAUACGGCCGUCCUCAUCCAUGCCCGUCGCACCAAUAUCGACCUCCAGACCUCUCGCCGCAGCAGUGACGCCAGAACCCGCCUCCUCCUAUCCCCCCUCCUCCUCUUCCUUCAAACCUAUGGAGUCACCUAGUUCGCCCCCUGACGCGCCUCUCCCCUCCAGAGCGCACCUGGCGUCCCUGUCCUCGCCCAGCCUGGUGGACGCCCUGUGCGCCGCAGUGGCGAGUGCAGGCAGAGCAAGGGGGCAAGGAGGGGGGAGGGCGUUGUGUGCGCGGGUGCUGCGGGCAGCAGCGCUGGCAGGGAAUGCUGACGUGGUGCAUCGUGUGAUGCACGCGCUGGUGUCCGCCGGUGUGCCUGUGAUGGUCGGGGCUCAGAUCUCGUUCCUCCGCGCCUUGUGCAACGCGGGCAGCAUGCACCAGGCCUUGGAUUGGCUUGAGAACCAGGUGCACGUGCAGCAGCAGAGCAGCAGCAGCAGACGGAGGGUCACAGCAGGGAGGCGAGGUCAAAUGGACCAUGCCCAGCAGCAUCAGCAUCAGCAUCAGCAUCAGCAUCAUCGUUCAGCAGCCGCAUCACCAUCGCCAGUGCCUCUAUCAGCAUCAGCAAACUCUGCAGCAGCAGCAGCAGCAGCAGCAGCAGCGGUGUGUGCCCCGCUGUGCGCAGCAGUGUUCAACGUGGUGCUGACGGCGUGUGCGCAACACAGGGACAGCCGCAGUGCGGCGCGCUGCGUGCUGCUCAUGGAGCGAUGCGCCGUGCCGUGCGAUGCCAUCUCCUACACCGAGCUCAUCAAGCUGGCAGGGCUGGUGGGGGACCGUCAGGCCGUACUGGACCUCUGGGAGCAGUUGCUGCAUGCCAUGGCGUCGCCACACACACACCCUCCACACUCACACCCUCCACACUCACCACCUGCACACUCACCCACCCUCUCACCCACUCAGUCAUCCAGCAGACCAACACCAUCACUCUCGCCCCAUCCCUCAACCACCACCUCCUUCUCCCCAUCCGCCUCCUCUUCAACCCUGCCACCCGAUCCCACCCCAUCCCCCCUGCCCUCGCCCCCUCCGCUCCCGCUCGUGGCCCUCUCUGCCCGCGUGAUAGCCUUCUCUCGCAUCCCCGGCGCCCUCUCGGACGCACUGCAAGCCAUGGGCGACAUGGAGGCGGCAGUACUGAGGGAGCUGGAGGCGGGAGGGGGGCGGAUAGGCUCCGGGCGGGGGCUGUUGCUGGAACGAACGGGUGGGGGGCGAUGGAGGGGGGCGGGGGCAGGGGCGGGAGAUAGGGAAGGGAUUGUUGGGGUUGAUGGGAAAGCUGGGGUUGGGGUUUCUGCAACAGCAGCAGGAGCAGCGGGGCCUGGAGCAGCAGGAGCAGCGGCGGCAGCAAGGGUUUCUGAAGAGGUUCUGGGCGAGGGGUCGAGUUCCAGGAGAGAAGGGGGCAUGUCGGAAGCGCGAGGCACGUGGGGAUGCAGCAGGCAGGGCUCGUGGGACGGCCAGCAGCUGCUAGCACUCAUUGCUCAGAAUGAUGGGCGUGCUGGGGAUGAUGGGGAUGGUGAGGGUGAUGAAGACGACGGGGAAGAACAGCAGAGAGCUGAGGACCAUGGAUCCGGCAACCAUGGGGCUCUGGUGGAGGAGGAUGCAGAUGUGCUACUUAGGGACAUGAGACUGGGGCUGGAGUUGCAGGGUGAGAGGGAGAGGCGGGCAUGGGAGGCGGUGGAGAUGGGGCUGCGCGUGGGGUGGAAUGCCAUUGUGAACGCUGCUGCCAAGCAGGGACGAUGGGAUGUGGCCCUUGCUAUGCUACAACGGAUGUUGCGGUGGGGGGUGCAUCCAGACGACUACACGGUCAACGCUCUCAUCCGUGCCGCCUUUGCUUCUGAUCGACCCACUGUUGCUCAAGCCCUUUUCGACCUGCUCAGCAGCGCCACGGUCAACCGUAACGCCUCUGCUCCUGUGACUACCUCGCCAGCUGGGCCCUUGACCCCCUCGUCUCACAGCAGCAGCAGCGCUGAGUCUCUGCGUGUGGCCGUGGACUCGUUCCUGACCUACGGUUUGAUCCGCAGUGGCAACACACAGGACGCCCUGCAGCUCUUCCACCAGAUUAGACACACAGGGGCGAGCAGUAGUAGCAGUGCUGCUGCUGGUGCUGGUGCCGUUGGUGCUGCUCGUGCUGCUGAUGGUGAUGCUUAUGACGAGAACGAUGAUUAUGAUGACGAUGGGAGUGUUGCGGCUCUUGAAGUGGCUACAGCGUCGAUGAGAUCUGGAGGAGACCACUCCACACACCUGCGCUUCACGGGCAACGCUCUCAUCCGCGCGUGCAGCAAGCAGGGCCGCUUCGAAGACGCCUUCCAGGUGUUUCAAGCCAUGCUCGCCGACAAAUUGCCCGUCGACACCUGUACCCUGCAGGCUCUGCUGCUGCUCGCUGCAGGCCCCAGCACGCCCACUAGGUGGGGUAUUAGGGGGAGUGCAGGAGGAGGGAGGGGGGAUUCAGAGAAGGGAAUCAUUGGAGGGUGGGACGGUAGGGGAGAAGAGGACAUGGCGAGGCAUGGAACGGGGGUGGGAGGCGGGCGGGAACUGGGCGAGAUGGAGUGGGGUGGAGGAGGAGAAAGAGGAGGAAGAGGAGGUAACAGGGGUGAAGUAGAAGCUGGAACUGGUUAUGGACGGUGGCAGAAUGACGAGCAUGAUGAGGACACGGACAGAGCAGCAGGAGAUCGGGAGGAUUUGGGAGAUGAGCCGGGUAUGGCGAUGGGUGUGCCGGUGGGUGCAGGCAUGGGUGAGGAGGGGGAGGAGGAGGAGGGCGGUACUCGGCAGAGGGAGGUGUGGCGGCGAGUGGCGGCUGUGGAAGCAGCCAUGGCUGCUGCUGGUAUCAGGCACUCGGCUGCGUCCUUCAACACCCUCGUGCGGGUGCUGGGCGAAGCGGGGCUGUGCAGUGCCAUGCAGCGGCAUGUGCAGUGGGGGCUGUCCACGCCUGAUGCUGCUGGUCGCCCCCUCACCGACACGCUCACUCUCAACACCGCCAUCGCUGCCGCCGCGCGCCUCGGACAGGUGCACGCAGCGCGGCAGCUAUUCCGUGUCAUGGAGCAGCACCCCCACCUCACGCCCACCACGGUCACCUUCAACGCGCUGCUCAACGCCCUCGCUGUGGCGGCCAGGGACAGGGGGGUGGGCGGUGCGAGUGGGAAGGGGCGGAGGAGGGGAGGAGAGGUGUUGGUGGAGCCGGAGGGCCAGUGGAGGGGUCGAGGGGAGUUGGAGGGUGAGGGUGGUGGGAGGGAGUAUGUGAGUGAGGUGUGUGAGGUGAUUAGGGAGAUGGAGGAGAGGGGGAUUGAGGCAGACACGGUCACGUUCAAUACUGCUAUCAAGGCUGCAUGCAAUGCGCGUGACUACACGGCAGCACAUGGCUUCCUAGAGUGCUUGGAGUCGCACCAACGCCUUGCUCCCGACGAAACGUCUUACAGCACCGCCAUCGCAUACGCUGCCUUCCAGGGCAACAUCUGGCACAUGGAGCUGUUCCUGGCACGGCUGCUGCGGCAGCGCGUGCCCAUAUCCUUCUCCGCACUGGCCUCCGUCGUAGAGGCGUACGCCAGCGCCGUUCCCCGCAGGUUAGACGAAGUCACUGCUGCCACCCUUGCUCUAGCUGAGCACUCACAGCAGGUAGAGGUUGAGCGUGGCGACAGAGGGAAAAGAGGGCACAAGGCCAGGGAGGGCGCUGAGUUAGCAGAGGAUGGGGGGAGGAGGGAAGUGGCAGUAGUGGCUGGGGGGGUUGGGGAAGGGGGAGGGGUUGUGGUGAGGAGUGAGGAGGGGAGGUUGAUGGAGUUUGCAUGGCAACUGGCGGCUGAUGUUGAAUCCAGCAUUGCAGAAGGGGAGGAGGGGGGUGGAAGGAGGGAGAGUGUGGUGGGAUGGAGGGUUCGCAUAGAGGAACAACUACAGAAGUGGGAUUGUUCCUCAUAAUCCAUACAAUGAGUACACAUUAUUGGAGCUCUAUCUCUGUAAAAUUGCUCUAUGAAAGUUACAGCUUGACCAGCCAUUGGGGACUGAGCUCCCGCACACAGGUGGUAACCAAAAUGCCUCUAAAUUUUGAGGAGGGUGUAAUUAGAGGCUAAUUUUGUAUAACGCCUGGGUGUUGUGGAACAUGCGUAUGUGAUAUUGUUUUUCCUAA